UUGAGAACGCCAUGAGCCUACACGGCAUCCUCUUUGAAGGCGAGCCCCAGCCCAAACUAAGGUCGAGGACCAAGCAGGCAGUGGGGCUGGUCUUCCUGUGGACCGUCUUCUGCAUGCACUUCAAUUCGGGCUACCGCGCUAGCCUAGCCAUGGCCUCCAUCAACCUCAUCGACAAGCCGGGACCAAGCAGCAUCGAAGACGUCAAGAGGGUGGGCAUCAUCUAUGACGUCGUCCCGUACCUCCUAAAGGACUACCAAGGCAAGGUCAAGGACAUACAAAUUGAGUUCUGCCGCACAUACAAAAACUGCUCCAAGCAUAUCAGGAGGGACCCGGAGAACAUGGCGAUCAUCACGUCAGAAAUGUCCAUAUGGAGCGCGACGCCGAGGCACUUUCUUGACGCUGACCUCAGGAGUAUUCUCGCGAAGAGGGAGAAGCUGGCCUCGUACUUCGUCAGCUUUCUGGUCAACAAGGGUUCCCCUCUCCUGCAGCACAUCAACCGCGCACUGAUCAAGUCGCGAGAAUUCGGAUUGGUCAGAAAGACGCAAAUGCACGGGGAGAUGUUCCUGAAACUUGUUGUAAGCCCAAAGACCUAGUCAUGACGUAUUAAUAGUUUUCAUGAAGCCAAGUGUAGGCGCUCGCUAUAGUUCCGCCUUGGGUUUAGAUUUAGAGUGGGUGAGUGGGGUGGCCAGCUACUAUGUUUA